GGGCGCUACAGAUCUUCUCCACAGACCUCGCUUUUGGUGUAUACAUUCCCUCAUUCUCGUUAAUUAUCCACAAUACGUCUCCCCAGUUCUGAAGACACUUGGACCUUUGAUAUUUUAAUGCUCGAGUCUUCGCAAUGUGGGAGGCCAGACAUAAUUCGGCAUGUGGAGGCGGGUGUGAGGUCAUCGAUCGGCAUAUGUAGGUGGGUAUUCCGCCAGCAUUUCACCUGUGCAUUCAUUGCUUCUUACUCUAACCACCACGUAAACCACCCCAUUUCAACUAACCAUUUCGCUUUUAGCACGUUUGGUAUUAUCUAUGAGUGCGACGAACGAGAAUACAGUUAUUCGUGAGGUUACGAAGGGUAUCUGGACGUUCUCAACACCGUUCAAGCGGUUCGGCGUCAUCCCUUUUGGAGGUCGGUCGACUGCUAUUCAAUUGAAGGAUGGUGCCGUGUGGGUACUUGCCUCAACACCAUUGAAUGAGGUUACCAAGAACAAACUCAGCGAACUGGGAGAUGUUCGCUGGAUCAUUGGCGCGGAUGCCGUUCAUUAUAUGUUCCUUGGCGAGUUCAAGAAGGCAUAUCCUAACGCAAAGGUGAUCGCUGUGGCCGAUGCCGCAGAUAAAGUGGCCAAGGAGGAUCUUAAGUUUGACGGAGCCUGGGGUUCUGACCCGCCUGAUACUCAGUACGGGUUUGAGGACGAGAUCAAGCAUUGCUAUUUCUCUGGAUUCCAGAACAAGGACGUCGCAUUCUUCCACCCAUCCUCUAAGACCUUGAUUGAGGCCGACCUCUUGUUGAACCUCCCUCCCACUGAGCAAUACUCGAAAACUGGCACAUCUGGCCGCAUUCCGCUCUUAGGCGGCGUCGUGAAUCCCUGGGGCUACCUUCAUAAGCGAAUGGUUUGGUCGACCGGUGUCGAUAAAGCUGCGAUGAAACGUGACGCAACAACCGUAGCUGGUUGGGAUUUCGAACGUAUCAUUCCUUGCCAUGGGGAUGUGAUCGAGAAGGAUGGGAAGAAAGCGUGGACUUCUGCCUAUGAGUGGUACUUGAAGUCCUGAUUGCCUUGACGCACCGCGGCUUCCUCAAUGGUCCUCAUUGUUUCGCGUCUUGAAUCACUCGGACAGUUGCGUGUUAUGGGCCGGAUUUCACUAGGAUUACCUUCACUGUCAAAGGUAUCGUAUGGUUGUGGUUAAUGUGUAUGAUGAUUUCGUUGGCUCCUAGUAGUACCGCCUGCUAUGAUUUUCGAAGUGAUCCCGCAGCGAGCUUUCGCAGUAACCCUAUAGUAGGACGAUUUGUCAGUACCUGGCACCACAUUUGUGACUCCGGGUAAUCCUCGAUGUAAUUUUCCACAGUUUCUUUGCUUGACUGGUCAUUGGCAGCAAGUGUUAACGCAUCGUUAACGCUUGUUGCCACGCGACAGCUGUCUUCUAUCAUUCCAUUCAGGUAUUUCCUUUGCUAACUUACAGCCUAGUUGGUCAUCCUCGAGGCAAA